CUCAAAACUCACCACCGCAACCCAACCCAACCCAACCAACCAACAAACAUCCAUCAAUCUCGCCUCCACCGCCACCUCCACCGCCACCGCUCAACAAAUGCUAAGCCAAAGAGCUCAGCCACUCGGACCAAUUCAGAAGACGCAGCCGCCUGAGAUGGUGGCGUCUGGAAAUAUUGGAAAGAUGGUGUCAGAAAACAGUGUGUUGGUUUUGGGGCGCAGAGCCUGCUGUAUGUGCCAUGUUGUGAAGAAGCUUUUGCUUGGGCUGGGAGUGAACCCAACUGUCUGUGAAUUAGAAGAGGGAGCGGAGGCGGAGGAGGCAGAGCAGGCGUUGGGGAGGAUGGGGGGAGGAACUCAGUUGCCGGCUGUGUUUAUCGGGGGGAGGCUGGUGGGAGGGUUGGAUCGGUUGAUGGCGGCGCACAUCAGCGGGGAGCUGGUGCCCAUCUUGAAGCAGGCGGGUGCAUUGUGGCUCUGAUCGAAAACGUUUUCACCGGAAGGGUAGAUCGAUCGUAGGGUAAUAGUAUUUGGCUUACUGGCUUUGAUUUUGGUAGGCUGCUUGAUUGACUUCAAAAAAAUUGCAGGUGUGCACAUAGAGCAAGAGAGAGUAUUUUUUUUUGUGGUAGAGGAGGAUUUUUGUAUAUAUGCAACGAAAAUUGCUAUCGUAAAAGGAAGAAAUGUAUCAUUUGGUUGCUCUGUAAUUUUUUAUUAUCAAUUCAUAGAAAUAUUCCCAUUGUUAAGCAA